AUUAUUGAGUGCAAACGAUAGUGUGUUUGGAAUCCUGUAAGUGGAGUUACGUUUUCUCAGUUUAAACGUGGAAGCAAAGGAACCAAACAAACAUCGCCUCCCUCUCUCUCGUAGUAACAAACGGUGUGUUGUUUCAGUGGGAACGUCCUUAACAUACAAGUCCUGCAAUCAAAUUUGUAUACUGUGUCUUCUUCGUUUACAUAGCGGUGGCUCCACUGAGGUUAGUUUAUCGCCUUCAAUCUCCCACCUUGAUGUUGAAAACAUUGAAAUCCUCCACCCAUGUCAGUAGAACCAUCCUACUAUGCUUCAAAAUCCCAUCUUUUUCACUUUGCACUAUUGCCCAUGUAAACAAUUUCAAUGACAAUGACCCUGAGAGUGACACAGACACAGAGUGGGAGAGGUUGCUCAAACCCUUUGACCUAAAACAGCUCAGAAGGUCUCUCACCCCAAUUAGCCCCUCUCAGCUUUGUAAACUCUUGGAGCUCCCUCUUGACAUUCCCACUUCACUGGAAUUGUUUCAAAGGGCUGGUGCCCAAAAGGGUUAUUGUCACACCUUUGAUGCUUACUAUCUCUUAAUUGAUAAGCUUGGGGCUGUUGGGGACUUCAAACUUAUAGAUAAGUUGUUGAAGCAAAUGAAAGAGGAAGGGAUUGUGUUUAAGGAGUCACUCUUUAUUUUGAUCAUGAGGUAUUAUGGGAAGGCUGGUUUGCCUGGCCAAGCCACUAGGCUUUUGUUGGACAUGUGGGGUGUUUAUGCCUGUGAUCCCACAUUUAAGUCCUACAAUGUUGUGUUGGAAAUUCUGGUUGACGGGAAUUGUCCCAAGGUAGCACCUAAUGUUUUCUAUGACAUGUUGAAUAGAGGUGUUUCCCCCACUGUGCUUACUUUUGGGUUGGUCAUGAAGGCCUUGUGUAUGGUUAAUGAGGUUGAUUCGGCUUGCUCGCUUCUGAGGGACAUGGCGAAGCAUGGAUGUGUUCCGAGUUCGGUCAUUUACCAGACCUUGAUUCAUGCCCUUUGUGAGAACAAGAGAGUGAAUGAGGCGAUGCGGCUUUUGGAGGACAUGUUUCUGAUGUGCUGUGAGCCUGAUGUUCAGACCUUUAAUGAUGUUAUCCAUGGCCUCUGCAGGGCUGGUCGGAUUCAUGAGGCGGCAAAGUUGCUUGAUCGAAUGCUAGUUCGAGGUUUCAGCACUGAUGCUCUAACUUAUGGGUAUUUAAUGCAGGGAUUGUGCAAAAUGGGGCAAGUUGAUGAAGCAAGGGCCUUGCUGAACAAAAUUCCCAACCCCAAUACUGUGCUCUAUAAUACAUUAAUUAAUGGCUAUGUUGCUAGUGGAAGGUUUGAAGAAGCCAAGGAUCUUCUGUACAAUAACAUGGUAAUUGCAGGUUAUGAGCCUGAUGCCUACACGUUUAACAUAAUGAUUGAUGGACUGUGCAAGAAAGGGUAUUUGGUCUCUGCUCUUGAAUUCUUACAUGAGGUGGUAGCAAAAGGCUUUGAGCCCAAUGUGAUCACGUACACCAUAUUGAUAAAUGGUUUCUGCAAGCAAGGUAGAUUAGAGGAAGCUGCAGAAGUUGUGAAUAGCAUGUCAGCCAAGGGUCUCAGUCUGAAUACAGUGGGGUACAAUUGCUUGAUCUGUGCACUAUGCAAGGAUGAGAAGAUUGAAGAAGCUUUACAGCUGUUUGGUGAAAUGCCAAGCAAAGGAUGUAAACCUGACAUUUAUACAUUUAAUUCUUUAAUUGAUGGAUUGUGCAAAAAUGAUAAGAUGGAAGAUGCCUUGAGUAUAUAUCAUGACAUGUUCUUGGAGGGUGUUAUUGCCAACACCGUAACAUACAACACAUUGAUUCAUGCAUUUCUUAGGAGAGAUUCAGUUCAACAAGCGUUUAAGCUUGUUGAUGAAAUGCUAUUUAGGGGGUGUCCUCUCGACAACAUUACAUAUAGUGGCCUUAUUAAAGCUCUCUGUAAAACUGGGGCAGUUGAAAAAGGAUUGGGAUUGUUAGAAGAAAUGCUUGGGAAAGGGAUUUUUCCUACAGUUAACUCUUGCAAUAUUCUGAUCAGUGCCUUGUGUAGAACUGGAAAAGUAAAUGAUGCUCUAAAAUUUCUUUGGGAUAUGAUUCAUCGUGGUCUGACACCGGAUAUAGUCACUUAUAACUGCCUGAUCAAUGGUCUUUGCAAGAUGGGUCAUGUUCAAGAGGCAUUGAACCUUUUUAACAAGUUACAAGGUGAAGGAAUUCGUCCUGAUGCUAUUACAUACAACACACUGAUCAGUAGGCACUGUCAUGAGGGUAUGUUAAAUGAUGCGUGUCUGAUUUUAUAUAAAGGUGUGCGUAAUGGGUUCAUUCCUAAUGAAAUUACUUGGUCAAUACUGAUAAAUUAUCUUGUAAAAAAAAACCAUUGGGAGUACGACUUUCUAAGGGUUAUAUGAUGGAGUGUGGAGCGUCUUCUCUUUGAAGCCAAUGUACUCUAUCCAGUCUUGAUCUCAUUUGAUUUGUCUGUUGCCAUUCUGAUUAUGAACUAAUGUUGGCAAUCAAUUUUGGUAAAUUUGCUAUUCUCAUGGGAAAUUAGGAUUCCAGCAUUUUACAGUAAAUUGUUUUAAAGUUUUGUGAAUUGUGAUUGCUGGUUGGAUUUUGGAGUUUGCACAAGUGCAGAAUGGAGAAAAGACUAUUUUGAGUUAUCUCAUCAAACUGAUCAAGUUCUCUAACCGAAGCAUAAACAUUCACUUUUUAUGUAUGUAUUAGUUGAGAGAAAGAUAGCUGACUGGUUCCACUACUACUGCUGGUUGAGAGUAAGUUGUCUGUCCAUGCUAGAAUGUUAACUAGUUGCUUUACCAGUUGGAUACCAAAUCACACUGAUUUCUAUGUCAGAUUCUCAACUGUCAGCUGGAUGUUAUCUGUCAGUGAACAUGAUAUUUCAGAUGGUGGAUCUGAGUUGAAGUGGUCAAACUCAACGCUAAAUUCAACUCAAGUUUGUCUUCUAAUGAGACUUGUAUUUCAAUCACUAAAGCCUCAACAAUUCUGAAUUCUACGCCUUGUGUGAUGUGACAUAUCAGGAGAUGGUAGAAAAAGAAGUCAAGGACUCUCAGAAAGUUGCAACACAAAAAUUAAUAAUUGAGAGCUGAAAAUUUAUCAGCAUGAUUCUAAAGAAGCAACAUAAGUAGAUUCCUGCCCACAUCAUAGCUGAAGCCAUAUCAACUAAAUUGUCUGAAUUGGUCAGGUCCAAUCACACAGAAAGAAAUGGAAUAUGUUGAACAGUGUGUCCUAGCAAAGUAUCCAGACUAUGCUGGCCUCAUUAAAGGAGAUGGAAAUGGGAUAGGACUUGUCUAGCUUUAUAAUCUAUGAGGAGCCUUCAAUGCCCAUGCCAAAUAAUAGUUGCUACAUCUCAGUGUCUUUGGAUCUAUUGAACUGCUCUACAUCACUAGAAUUAGCACCAAGAUCAGCACGACAAUUGACCAUGAUUAGUACCACGGCCAGUCUUAGCUUCUAUCUGCAAAGUGGAUCCCACUUGUGCUAUGUUUUAUAUUUAUGAAAAAUAAAUUUUCCAAUGGUGUUGUUUAUGCUUUUUUAAGCAAAAAUUGCAGGAACCCUGUUUAUAGUCAAUUUGCAAAUGUUGAUUAAAAACAAGGCAGUGAUCCAGAUCAAUCGGUUGUAGAUUUUUCAUCAUUGAUUUCUACAUGCAAAAUAUGGCUACAAAUUGUGUUUC